AUUCCUGUGGACCUGACUAAAAAGGACACGCAAAAAGAAGUAUUACGAGCCGUCAAAUCAACUUACAUGAAUUUCCGUAAAGGAUCCCAAUAUGCCGUCAAAAUUGCCACCAUGGCCCAGAACGAAACACAGGCAUUUGAAAAUUUCAUGGGCGCGUAUGAAAAGAUCGUAGCUGCAGUCCCAGGCGGAGCACCUAAUGUACGAUCGCUGCAAAUCAAAUGUGCCGAAUCAACCAGUUUACCCGUUUACGAUGCGGAAGAAGACGGUUUAGUGGAGGAGGAAGAAGAAGAGACAGAAGAUGAAGAAGACCAAGAGGAACAGUGA